UUAAUGGGCAAUGGUACAAGCAGUAUAAGGGAGCCGAAUUCACACUUACCGAAAACUUCCAUUAUAAGAUGGAACAAACGUAUAAGCCAACAUUGCUUAAUUUUCUUGAAAGAGGCACAACCCUGCCACCGCUAUGGUGUCGCACCAGUUAAUAGCAGAGGUGCUGUUGCCGUGUGAGGCAGUGCAGAUGGGGCUUCAGAGUGUGGUGCUGAAGGCAUCUAACCAGACCCUCUGUCCACAACUACAGACACAAAUGGAGUGCAGUAUUGCAGAGACUGAGGAGAGCCGAAGAGCUGAGGAGCUGCUAAGUUUUGCAAAUUCAAAAAAAUCUGAAAAACUUUUGAGCGUCAUCAGUGCAGCUGUUCCCAGCAGCAUUCUACCACCUGGCUGCUGUGCAGAUCUUUUUGAUAUUCGGGCAGGCAGAAGUGGUCCUGACGACAGAAUCUAUAACAAACAUGCGGAUAUUCGAAUGAUGAUUCCACGUGGUGCCACUAUCCUGGAGUGGAGGAGCAAAAAGAGCUCUUGGAGCUCUGUUGUUAUUUAUGGCCACAAGAAAUUCACUGGUGGUAUUGGGGAUGAAGAUAAUGAGCAGCCAGAAAAUAAUGAAAAGUGGCGUGAGUACUUCAUAGCAGAGCCCAGCGAGGCGACCUCAGUAGUGUGCAUGGACAAGCUGAAUGGAGAGGCGGCACACAUUAGCUGCAGAUAUAUUGAUGAUCAGUUUUAUCUCAUUGUGGGAAGCAAGAAUGUUCACAUGCUCAUCAGAGGAUCUUGUGAUAUUGAUCAGUAUGAAGGAUCCAGAUAUGUGUAUGCAAAGGCUAUUGCUGCGACUGUUUGUGACACCCUAGCAUCCUUAGAUGCAAGGAAGCGACAUCUGCUGCUUAGUUUCCUCCACCACACAAGGUGUACACUGGUGGGUGAGAUCCUGCAGGAAAAGAGCCAACACAUUGUAAAUCUAAGCCACCUGACCAAGCCACAGGUGGUGAUAAUAGCUAUGACACCCACUUACACCGGAUGUCAGGAGAAGAGCCUCUUGGCUGUACCACCUCACCAUCUGCUUGACUUCUGCUGUGCUCUGGGUCUGCGCACUGUCACCUACACUGUCAUACCUGUCACUCAAGCCAUGGACCAAAAGGCACUGGUAAGAAGAAAAAUAGACAGUGAAGGAGAGGUGUUCUAUUACCUAGACAAGAAUGAUGAUACCAUUGGCCUGGUGAAGGUGAAGACAGUGUGGUAUGUUAUCCUGAGAGCACUGCGGGAGAAGGCUGUGUACUCAUUCACUACAGGAAAAAAGAAGUCACACUGGGACAUAUCAGAUUGUGUCAGAUCAACCCACAAGCGAUUCACCGAGAUUCAGAAAUGGCUCAAGUUUUCUGAUGAGUAUCUUCAUAGCUGGCAGAAUCUUGCAAGGAACUUUCUUCACUGGUUAAAUGAAGAAGUAAAGGCAAGAAAAGAAGAACCAGGCAAAAUACGACCUGCCUUCCCAAUGAUAUGGAACAAGUUUUUAAGGACUACAAAACAGUUAGAUCAAAUAGAACUAAAAUUUAAGUAGCGAUCUGUGAUGCCACCAGUGAGAAAAGUGAUUUAUAAAUUUGAUUAAGUGUUUAUGUGUUUGUUUGUAUGAUAUUUUUAUGAUUUUUGUAAGCAAAGUGCACCAUUGUGUUGAGAGGUAUUCUGAACUUCAGUAUAUAGUGGCAAGUGGAGAUGCUGUCUACAGAAACUGACCUCUUUAUCACACCUCCAUCUCAGUGAAGGUAUGAAUCUUGUGUCCACAAUGUGAGUGCUAAGUAAGUAUGAGAGCUUAUUUCAAUCUUGUGUUGAUAUGAUACAUGAAAUUAAAAACUAACAAAAAUUG